AGUGUGUAGAGCGAGACUUGGUGAAGCUGGUUAGAGGCUAAACCUGUCAAGUGGAAGGACUUUACAAUCCCAGAACCAGAGCUGUUGGACCCAGGUGAGACGGUCACAGUUUAUGUGACAUUUGCACUUAGAGUAGACAGCUUCUUUGUGCAGAAGGAAGACUCUGCAUAGAUGACAUCAAUGCCAAGCUGGAGAAGGAAUGUCCUAAGCAGGCUGUGCCUGAGAGCAGUAUGCUGAAGAAAAGGACAUUCUGUGCUGCCCUCUAUACCGAGGGAUCUAACGCUGGUACAGAGCCGAAGUGCUGGACAUCACUGCACAGUCAGUGCAGGUGAAGUUCCUGGACUAUGGUAAUACUGAGACCGGCCCCAGUGUCCUCCAUCCGCAGCUGCCCGACACAACAGCCAGCAUUGCAGCUCAGGCAAUCCCUUGUGCCUUGUACAGCAUCAUUGUCCACAGACACAGAGAGCCAAGACGAACCAUCUCCGUCCCUGAAGGAGUUCUCCGAGGUGGUGAAGGACUCGCCCUUAUCGGCCCUCACUGUGGCCUAUAACACAGAUGGUCAAUGUGAGGUUGAACUACACAAGGAUGACAUGUCCAUCAAUGACUACCUGAUCAAGAAGGGUCUUGUGAAGAGCGAGGUGGUGGACUGGGGUGCCGAGCGAAUGACACCGACUCCAUCAUAGGAGAACCAG